AUGGCCGACUCGGCCAAGGACCAGGUGCUCGUUGGGACAUUUUUCUUCGGCCUGGUUGUUUGCGCCGCCCUAGGCACCGUCUUCUUUCGCCUCCGGGGCGAGGCUUCGUCGCUCUUCCGUGGCGGACUGAGGCUGGUCCUCGCUAGUUUCCUCCUCCUUGCGACGCUAUGGGCCGUCGACGGCUUCGCGGCAACUUUCGUCCGCCAGUCUUCCCAGUCAGGCUGUCAAGUCGCCGUCGCCUUUUCGUCCGCCCUCGACCAGCUCGCCCGAGUGACCCUCGAGGAGUUCUUGUUCUGGGCCAUGAAAACCCACGCUCAAGCCACCCGCGGCGUCUUGUUUUCUCAAGCCGUCCUUCUGUUUCGGUUCAUACUCGGUGGCAUCUUUGUAGGCGCCCAGCGGCCGCAGUUUGCUCCAGCCUGUGUAGCUACAACGCUCUUUUGGCCGCUCGGCGCUGGAGUCCUGGCCACAGAUGCCUUCAUCGUAUUGCUGCUCUUGACGAGAGCUUCGUCCGCGGGCAUCUUUCGCGCUAUGGAUGCUGCUGGGCCCGUCGGCCGCCGGCCAAAAGGCAUCGUGUUGACCACGAUUGCCCUGGGCCUGUGGACACCCCUGAGCGCUCCGAUGAUUCUGGGCGUCGACUCCUUGGGAAUUGCAACUCGGACCACGCUUCCUGCUGUGGGCGUACUCGUAGUGAUAGCUUGUAUCGCGGCUUACUACAAGGCCCUGGUUUGGCCAGCGCAAGACUUUUCCCAAAAGUCUGGACCCUUCAUCAACAACUUUCCCGGCUUGUCUCAAGACAGUCCUCCAUCUCGAGAGGUUGGCCGUCGAUCUGUCUCUACCGUUGAAUCGCCCUAUUCGCCAAACACAAGCUCCGGAGCCGCGAAUGCGACGGCGGCACGGAGCGAUGCAUCCGAAAGAACUACGCCGGCCCGGGAGAACAUGGCUGCCCUUGCCGCUGCGAGCGGAGCGAGAUCGGGUCAAGUAGCAGCUGGAACUGGAGCAGUGACUGCCAAUGGCCACGUGUUGCCGUCAAUGCGAGCUAAUGAUCCUCUUCCCAUCGACAACAAGGGAGACAUGCCGACUCAGCCGACAACGACGGCUGCUGUCAAUGGGGGCAAGCUUGCAGCCUCGCAUCCUAUCCGCAGAGAUGGGGUCAUUCAAGACAAGGGAGAGAGACCCUUGAAUCGUAUUGCAAAGGUUGAGCCAGGCUCUGCCACAAGACGAAAAAAUGAGAGUCAAAGCAAAACUGCCCCUUUCACAGCCACGUCCCCGGCGGGUGAAAGCGUUGUUCAGCCUCCUCCCACCAUACCUGCAAAGAGUCCUUCCAGAUCAAGCAAAAGCCUGGCCGAAACUGCUCAACUGGGGCCGGAUUUGCCCAAGCUACCAAUGCCGUCGACAUUGCUCCAAUCAAACACCAAUCCACCAACCUCGGCAAAAGGGAGCAGGUCACUGAAAGCGUCGCUCUGUCUGUCCAGCCUUGUUCGUGAUUUCGGUAAUAGGACGCUUUACGCGGCCGGUCCCGAGCCCGCUACAGUCUUGGACUCGUCGACUUGCCUCUCACGGCCUGACCUUUCGCCCGGGCAAGCUGGGACGAAACCCGACACCACGUGGACGGAGACGGUUGACAUUCCGGUACCUCCAAUACCUCUAAUACCACCUCUACCACCUCUACCACCAAGGGAUACCAAUCAACGGCGCUAUCCGUCAGAAGAUGAUCACGCGGCUCAGGGCUCCCAUUCAGUAAUAAAUCGACCAAGGCCAAUUCCCCGCAUGUCCCUCGGGUUCUCAACCUUUGGUGGCGCGCAUGAUUUGCUGUUCUCGCCGCAGAAUUUCGCUCCGGCAUCUCUGGGCACCCAAGCUCCAGAUCCCACCCCUUUCAUCCUCUGCUCAAAUGCCCGAAGCCCUAGUCCGUCCCUUCCUUCACCGCCUAUACCAAGGAGUGCCGGGAUCAUGCAGCCAUCAGCACCGCCUGAGUUGACGGACAGGGACGAUUACUGUCCGUUGGGUACUGCAGGAGGCAAGCAGCAGCUGCUGACGCCGGCCCAAAAGCCCGUCCAAGUGGCCUGUCUGCCGCACUCAACGACGCUUGUAAACGGGACGACGACCCCAGCACGCGGAAAUCCCAAUGCCGAAACGGCAACAAGUUACGCGCCGAAUCCCAUCAGCGCCACCGCGACAGUCAGCCGCACAGUCGACGAGGCGAGUCCCGCCUUUCCCUGCUCUCCAGCUCUCACACUCCUGCGGUCAUCUCCGGGGGACAUGAGGAGAAAAUCAUCACCCGUUCUUCCCGCAGAUGACGCGCAGGAACCGGCGGCGCCAGCUUCUGUUGCGGAGGGCGGGUCGCUGGCCCGCCCUGGGGCUCCAGCUCCGCCCGAGCGAGCGGCGGACGUGGCGAGCGCGACAGAUAACAGCUGCGCUGAGCAAAGCCUCGGCGCAAACACGAGGCCUUCUGACGCGCGCACCUGCAGCAGCCCCGUCGAUAGCACAUCGGUCGGGAGCGAGGAUGGAGCCGAGGGAGUACUGGUCACGGUCAUGUUGGAUCCGUCGGCCGAGGACGCCAAGACGCUUCCUUCUGGCGGAGCGCACGGCGUUGCACAAAGUACAGGCGACCCCUGGCAUCGACGCGUGGGCGGAAACCGUGUUGCGUUUUCAGAACGAAGCGCUGCGCGAUCGCGGCGCAGCCCGAAACCACCACCACCACCACGCUUGGAGCUCGAUCGGGCCACGACGCGGGUCCGGGACGAGUCGCCGUCCGCGCUCGACAUGACUGAGGAGGAGCCUGUCGAGCACGAGGGCACCCUGGAGAGGCCGCGCACGAUGCUGCUGGCAGACAUGGAGGCGGAGCUGGGCGUGCAGGAGAGCAGGUGGCAGGAAAUGCGCGCGGAGCUUUGCCGAGCGUCAUGGUCGACCGUGUCGCCUAGCUCGCUCCGUGCCUUGACACCCCGGGACCCGCAGCCUGCGCCACGAGGCGGCCAUGACGGCGGCCAUGACGGCGUCGGCGUCACGGAGCGCGCGGAAGCAGCGCAACCGCUUGUUGACGCCGCAGACCCAGGCGAGCCGCGUCCGGAUGGAGCACCUGCCAAGACCCACGGAGGUGGCAAGGACACGUCGCGCGAAACACCCGCCGAUGCCACGGAGCCCAGCCCUCCUCCUCCUCCUCCUCUGCGCGCCGACGUUUCCGCCCCGCCAAACACGUCAACUGCAACCGAGAGCGACCCUCCGCCAAAGCUCCAUCUGCGGCAGGCCAGCAGCAGCACCCUGCAGCUGUUCCGCGCCCAACAAACACUCGCCGCCAGACCCCUCGCGCGGAGAUCAUCCGCGCCUUCCCCAGCCCCAUCAUCAAGCUGGACCGAGCCGCAGCCCCCGGCAGCAGCCGCGCCGGGGGGGCAAGCCACCCCCCGACGCGCUCUGACGAGGCCGCCCCGCAGGAACAGCCGCCGCGUGUCGACGCUGCUCGACAUUGUGGAGAACCCGGAACCCCUCGCAAACGACCGCCACACCCUGGGCCUCUUCCGCUUCCCGUGGGGCCAAGAGUCCGACACGGCCAGGAUGGCCGCCCACACGGCCCCCUGCCAGACGAGGGCGCGGACGAGGACGCAGGCGCUCAAGUCUCCACAGCAAGGGCCGCCGCUGCUCCUCCGCCACGGCGAGCCAGCCGUCCCCGGCUUCAGCGACGACCCGUUCGACGAGGCCACUCUCUGGGAGAUUGCCAGCCUCCUCCGGCCGGACGGGCCUUGA